AAAAACUUUUUAUCGCAGUUUUUGGCAACGCAGGUGAUGCUUCAAUUGUUACGAAAGAAAGUGUUAUUAUGACGUAUAUCGGUUCAACGAGUUUUCGCGUUUUCGGUAUUUGCGUGUCAUUGUUACAAGUGACGUCAUCAAUAAGGGAUAUAAACGUCACAGUGAUGGUUCCUGGUAUCAAUGCAUUGGAACAUUUGGCUUCAAGUUACCAUGACAACCAUGCAUCCCAUAAUGAUGGUGACUAUGACAACACCUUUGGGGGUCCAUGGGAAAGCCCCUCUUACGACGAUAUCACCCACCCCGACCCCCCACCCAUACAAACCAUGGAUAAAUACCACGCCUACCCUUGGUCUUAUAUCUUCGUGAAGCCAGCCCUCACUGUAGCGUUGAAGACAUUACGCAACUCCCCGCUACUUGAAGACUUCAACAUCAACCUUCAAUAUCAUGAUUCGGGCAAUGCUGUGGGUAGAACUUCAUCAAGAUUAUCGCAAAUAGCUUCGGUAGACGCGAUGAUAAAGGACGGGAUGGCGGCCAUGAUUGGACCGGUUGACGCUUACUCGGUGUCACGUGUUAUGUCGUUCACGGCUCAUUGGAAUGUACUUACGUUAACACCAGGAGCUAUUUCAUAUGUGUUGAGGCUUCCAGAUGAACACGAAUCGACAGCCAACGUAAUGAUAAGGACGGGGCUUGCAGCCGUGAAGGUGGGUGAUUGCGUGUCGGCGAUACUGCGGUAUUACAACUGGACGAACACGGUGAACGAAAUAUUUGAUGAUGAAUUAGAUAAGAGCUCAAGGAAUCAUUACUUUAUCGCUGAAGGAAUAUUUGCCGUGGUAACAAAGAAGAUCACCGGGGUAAACAUGCACCAAACCAGGGUGGCUGAGUUUAAUGAAUAUAACCCACCAAACAUGGGGGAACCGAUCAACUUUGAUAGUUUGAUGUUCAAUGUGAAAGCUUACAGCCGAAUCCUCCUAAUAAGUGCUGAUGACAUCAUCGUGAGGAAGAUUCUCACGGCCGCGUACCUUCAUCAACAUCCAACAUCGGACUUCGCUUACAUUAUUAUCGACCUCGAGAACAAACUUGGAGCAACACCGUGGGUUUAUAAAGAUGAGAAUGGACAGGAGGUUAAUGAUCUUAACCUCCGCGAAGUUCUUGAAUCGUCUCUAAUCAUUACCCUCCCACUCGAUCACUCACAUAGAUAUCUUAAGUUCGUGGAUGAUGUAUUGAUGGAACUUGAUAGGGAAAGAUCGUUAUCCGACGUUGAGCGAUCACAAGCUGUUGAUUCAAUGAUGAAACUUGAGAUGGAAAACUUUAAAGUGGAAACAAAGCACGAAUAUUUCAUGAAAAACAAGUACCCUGCGUAUUUCCAUGAUACGUUACUGAUUCUCGCUGACGUACUUAACUCAACACUGAGCAACAACCAGACCUCGACCUCCAACCAACUUCACCCAUUAUGUCACUCCACACAUCGGAACCUGUUCCCUAAUGGAACGACGUUGUUGGAAAAAUAUAUCAUAAAUAAAAGGUUUCAAGGGGUGAUGGGGGAAGUUAUCAUCGACCAAAAUGGCGACCGACUUCUUGACUUUGUAGUUUUGGACUUAGAUCCCAUUCAAGGACGCUUCCGAAGUGUUGGUCGGUAUUAUGGUGAAUAUGAUAUCUAUGUUGAGGAAACGUCAUCGCAUUGGCCGGGGGGUUCCCCUCCACUGGAUAUCCCCAAAUGUGGGUUCAUGGAGGAGAAGUGUCUGAAAGAGACGAACGACCAAACGUACUUCACCAUCGUUACCGUGGUUUCGCUCGUUUGUUUCUCCGCAGUUUCAGCUGUCGUGUGUGUCACAACAUACAGGAAAUAUCUUCUUAAGAAAGAGUUGGAGAGCCAGCUAUGGAGAGUUCAUUGGAGGGAAAUAAGUUUGAUGAAUGAAAGUGAAGUUCGCGAAAGCGAUGCAUCGUCUACUGUUAACCCAUCCUUGAAGAAGAGGAAAACAAGCGCCGCUUCACUGAUCAGCGAGAAAAUUAAUCAUUCGUUCACGACAACCGCCAUGUACAAGGGUAAAUUAGUGACGGUGAAACUGAUGAGUCGCCGCAAGAUUGAUCUGACGAAGAAGUUUCUCAUGGAAUUAAAACAUAUGCGCGACGUAUCCCACGAUCACAUCACGAGGUUCGAAGGUGCGUGUCUCGACCCGCGUAUCUGCGUCCUUACCGAGUAUUGUCCCAAGGGAAGUUUAAAGGAUAUUUUACAAAACGAUGAAAUUCGUUUGGAUUGGAUGUUUAGGUUUUCAUUGAUGAAUGAUAUUGUGAAAGGAAUGAGUUUCUUACACGGCAGUCCCAUCCACUCUCAUGGAAAUCUUAAAUCAAGCAACUGCGUCGUGGAUUCAAGGUUCGUCCUCAAGAUAACCGACUACGGACUUUCUACUUUCCGAUCGAUGUCGAAAUAUGAAGAUUCCGAUAAUUUCUAUGAAAAAAAAUUAUGGACUUCCCCUGAGUUGCUACGUAGCCCCAUACCCCCACCUAACGGAAGCCAGAAAGGAGAUGUCUAUAGUUUUGCGAUCAUCGUUCACGAGAUUGCGUUGAGGAAAGGAACGUUCUAUGUGGGUGGGAUCCAUUUUGGUGGCAGAGGUAUCAUCACCAAGGUUCGCAACGGGUGUUACCCUUACUUCCGCCCUCUACUCGAUCAUUCCAUCCUCUCGGAUGAUCUGUGCCUCCUCAUGCAACGGUGUUGGGCCGAAGAUCCAUCGGAACGACCCGACUUUCAACAACUCAAAGACAUCAUCAAGAAAUUCAACAAGGAGAAUGGGGGCAACCUGGUUGAGAAUCUUCUUCAUCGUAUGGAACAAUAUGCGAACAACUUGGAAGGAUUGGUGGAAGAGAGGACGGCGGCUUACCUGGAGGAAAAACGUAAAGCUGAUGAAUUACUUUACCAGAUGCUACCUGUAUCGGUUGUUGACAAGUUGAAGCGUGGGGUUCCAGUCGAGGCUGAAGCUUUUGAAAGUGUGACGAUAUUCUUCUCGGAUAUCGUUGGUUUCACUUCCAUGUCCGCUUCUUCAAGUCCCAUGCAAGUAGUCGAUAUGUUGAACGAUCUUUACACCUUGUUCGAUGCUAUCAUCGAGAACUUCGAUGUUUACAAAGUAGAAACAAUAGGCGAUGCUUACAUGUUGGUGUCGGGGUUGCCGGUUCCUAACGGGAUCCACCACGCAGCUGAGAUAGCACGAACAUCACUUGCGUUGUUGAAAGCUGUCACAAGUUUCCGUGUUCGACACCGACCAGAGGAACAACUCAAGCUAAGGAUUGGAAUCCAUUCUGGUUCGUGUUGUGCUGGUGUUGUUGGAUUGAAGAUGCCUCGAUAUUGUUUGUUCGGUGAUACAGUGAACACAGCUUCAAGAAUGGAGUCAAACUCGCUACCGCUUUCCAUUCACCUCUCGUCUUCAACCAAGUUAUUACUUGAUAAGUUGGGAAGUUUCAUCAUGCAGCACAGAGGGGAGGUGGAAAUGAAAGGAAAGGGAAAGAUGGAUACCUACUUUCUACUUGGGGAAGACCCCUUAGAUACGUCAUCAGUUAAUGACGUAUGAUGACGUGUGACGUUACUGCUUACACUGUGAUUGUUUAUUCGCCAAUACAAGUUGUAUGUAUGAGA